AUGCUAGAUCCCCAAACGGCUAAACAUGGUGACGUGGGCGGGGUAGCUCAUAAGCCGUCGAUGGAAAGUGGAAACGGAACUCGAACUGCGUACAAUGACUUUGUACGUAAACUAUUCGCGAUCUUAGAGUCCAGGGAGUAUAUUAAUAUCAUAUCUUGGACUAAAGAGGGUGACAGUUUUGUCGUCGUCGACACUAACGAAUUUACGACGAAUAUUUUACCAAAACAUUUCAAGCAUUCGAAUUUCUCAAGCUUUGUUAGGCAGCUGAAUAAGUACGAUUUCCAUAAGGUCAAGCGGACACCAGAGGAGCGCAGGCAGUCUGAAUAUGGGGAGUAUAGCUGGGAAUUUCGUCAUCCACAAUUUCGGAGGAAUGAUGAGGCUGCACUGGAUAAAAUUAAACGGAAAACUGUUACACAGAAAAAGGUGUCCAUAAAUGAUGACGUAUUGUCUGUAUCCGGGAGGCCUAAUACAAUGGGUGGUACGUUAGCUGGGGCUAGUGAUCUGGGUAGUAGUUCGAAUAUGCUGCUGGCAAAUGCCGUGGACUUCACAAGCUUCAAUAAGCUGAGAGAUCGAGUCAACAGCCUAGAGAUCAAUAACCAUCAGUUACAAAAUGAUAAUACACAGUUAAAAGGCGAGGUUCGUGCUGUGAAGGAUAAGUAUACGGCGAUCCUGGACACCUUUGUAGCUAUGAAAUCUCUUAACGAGCAGUUUUUAAAAAACUUCAGCGUUCUAUCUACUACGCUUGCGCAGCAAGGAAUUAAGAUACCGCAUGGGUUUCCUGGGAUAGAUAUGUACUCGCCGCAACUCUCUAAAGUGCCAUCGCCAAUUAGUAGUCAAGGGUUUUCUCAUGAACGUCCAAUAGAUCCUAUGCCAGCACCUUCUCAUCCUAUGCCGCAAAACUCUACAGCAAAAGAAGUCCCGCUAACGCCGACGAUUUUUAAACCUGGGUUCAAUGUUCUACUGGUUGAAGACAACUCUGUGUGUAUAGAGCUAUGCUCUAAAUUUCUGAGGAAGUACGGUUGCUCAGUAGUGGUGGUUACCGAUGGACUCUCGGCUAUUGAAACAAUAGAAAAAUUCAGAUUUGAUUUGGUGCUGAUGGAUAUAGUAAUGCCUAAUCUUGAUGGGGCCACUGCUACGUCGAUCAUUAGGAGUUUCGAUAACCAAACGCCUAUAAUUGCUAUGACUGGAAACAUAGAAGAUCAAGAUUUGGUUACAUAUCUGCAGCAUGGUAUGACUGAUAUACUAGCGAAACCAUUUACGACGGAAGACCUACACUCCAUGCUUGUGAGAUAUUUGAAAAAUAGAGUGCCUUUAACUGAACAGUCAUCUGCAACUUGUGAACAGGCUCUUUCGCCGCAAAAUAUGAACCAAAUACUAGUUCCCAAGAAAGAGCAAAGUAAUCGUCUUGACACACAAACGCUGAUUGAAGAUGGACCUUUAUUAAAAAAAACCAGAGUUUCAGAUAGAUAG